AUGUCGGACAAGGAAGAAGACCGCGUCAUAUACCCCGAUAAACCUCGUCCCAUGUCUAAUCUUAGCGCGUCUCUUGACGAGAUUAUCAGAAACAGCAAGAAGAAGAGAGACGACGACAACGACGACGGUGGCAGCGGCGAUGCCAACGCGACCAGCAGUAACGCCCUGAUUCUUGGCUCGGCUGAGACCCCAGCGGCGAAGCGCCACGCUCCCACUGUCCAGUCAGUCACUAGCAAGGAGGCGCACCACUACAUCGCUAACGAGGAGGAGUACCACCGCGCCACCACCAAGAUCCUCGAACACCACCUCCAAACCAACAAUAAUGUGUUUAGGCCUAUGCGGUUAACGGUGGCAAUGUUCGAUAUGCGAGGAUAUAGGCUCGCGAGAUUCAACUCGAGAUUUCCCAUCAGGGAGUUGGUAAACCAGACCCGUUCUUGGAAUAACAAAUACGCCGGAACUAGUAGGGCAGCUGCGCCGGAGGAGAGUAGCGGCAACGUCAGCUCCAACCUUAACCCGGAUGCUAACACCAAUGCCGAUGCCGAUACAGAUACCGGCAUCGGCACUAAGCAGAACCAGAAAACGGCCGAGGAACUCGACGAGGAACUAUACGAAUACUUGAAUGGAAACCCUAACGACGAGUAG